AUCAGGAUGAUGAUGAUGAUGAAUUCGUCAGAAAAGUUGAAGAAGAAACCUCCGAAGGACAGUUUGACUCUGCUACCAUGUUUCUAUUUUGUGGAGCUGCCCAUUGUAGCGUCCUCCAUGGUCUCUCUCUACUUCCUGGAGUUGACGGAUGUGGUGCAGCCGGCUCAGGUCGGUUUCCGCUGCCACGACCGGGAGCUCAGUCUGCCGUACGUGGACGGAGGAGACGAGCUCAUCCCGCUGCUGAUGCUGCUGAGCCUCGCCUUCGCCGGACCUGCUGCCUCGAUCAUGGUGGUUGAAGGUGUCAUCUACUGCCUGCAGUCCAGGCUGAAGCUGCGCCGGGCGGAGGAGAGCAUCAACGCCGGAGGCUGCAACUUCAACUCCUUCCUGAGGAGGACGGUGCGCUUUGUAGGUGUGCAUGUGUUUGGUCUUUGUGCAACCGCUCUCGUCACUGACGUCAUCCAGCUGUCGACAGGUUACCACGCCCCCUUCUUCCUCACCGUCUGUAAACCCAACUACACUCAGGCCGGAGUGUCAUGUGACAAGAACCCGUAUGUCACCAAAGACAUCUGCUCCGGGCACGACCAGCACGCCAUCAUGGCCGCCAGGAAGACGUUUCCUUCCCAGCAUGCAACUCUUUCUGCCUUUGCUGCUGUUUAUGUGUCAAUGUAUUUUAACUCGACCAUCUCCGACAGCACGAAGCUGCUCAAACCCGUCCUCGUCUUCGCCUUCGCCAUCAGCGCCGCGUUAUCGGGUCUGACGCAGGUCACUCAGCAUCGCAGUCAUCCCAUCGACGUCUACGUCGGCUUCCUCAUCGGAGCGUUUGUCGCCACCUACCUUGCAGUCCACGCUGUGGCUAACUUCAAGUCGUCUGAUGACAACACACAACCCCCGACCCCCCCUCCUCCAAAAGAAGACCCUCUUCGAGCGCUGACAGAACGAGGACACGAGUCCGUCUACAACAAGGGACCCGCCUCCGCCUCGGAAAGUAACGAUGAAAUUGCGGCCGUUCCACCCCCCAUCGACCGGCUGGAGGGCCUGGGGCCCCUGCAGAGGGAGAAGGCCUCCAUGGGGAGCCUGAAGAGGGCCAGCGUGGACGUGGAGCUGCUGGCUCCUCGGAGCCCAAUGGGGAAAGAGAACAUGUUGACCUUCAGUCACACGCUGCCGAGGGCCAGCAUGAGCAUCGACGGGGUCUUAGGGGCCAACGAGAGACCAGAGGACCCAGUUCAGCCGGUUCAAUCAGUGCAGCCGGUGCAGCGGCGUCUGAAGGCCGUUCAGGUUCCCGUAGAUCCAAUGCGUUCGCAGCAGCUGGUGUCGGAGUGGAAGCAGAAGUCGAUGGAGAUGAGAGGCCUGAGCGCUCGUGAUGAGGCGGAGCGGGAUGCCAGUGAGGAUGGAUCGGAUGUGGGCUUUGUGGGGACUGACGAUGGGGGGUCUCAGGCUCCUAUCUACCAACCUGUGGUGCAGUCGGGGAGGUCAGCUUCCGGUCAAAACCCUACUCCUGCUCAAGGGGGCGCCAAAGCUGUUGCAACUCCCAGACCACCACAGAUUCCUGAAGCAGGACCCCCACCAGUGUCGCCAAAGAGCGCCCUGACCCGCGCCAAGUGGCUCGCUAUCCGGGAGAAGACGAGUGGGGAUGGGUCGGCCCGAGCUGCUGCGAACCAGCCACGACUCAUGCAGGUCAUCGCCAUGUCAAAGCAGCAGGGACUCCUCCCCUCCUCCUCCGGGGAGAAGUCCUCUGAGACCCCCUCCACCUGCUCCGGUGCCUCCUCCAAAACCAACUCACCGCACUACCGCCCCGCCUGUGAGCAGCAGCGGGAGGGGUCGGGUAUCGUCACAGUGGAUGCCCAUGCCCCCCACCAUCCUGUUGUCCAGGCCCUGCCCCCUCCUCAGGCCCCAUCCCUCACAGGUAAUGGUAACCCGUGGGAGUUGGCGGGGUCACCCAAUGGGGGCAACUCGCGGUACACCUACGACCUUAACAGCCUGGACCGAGGAGACGCAGUCGCACACAACAGCAGCUUCCGGCCACGCCGAUCCACCUCGAGGUGCGCCACCAUCAGCCCCGCCCUGCCCCCUUCUCACUCCCAGGAGGACAUGUCGGUGGAGGCUAAGAUCGACAUGAGACGCAAGACGGCUCUAGUCCUGCUGGAUCGAGAGAUUCGUAACCAGAGUGACCAGGAAAACUAUUAUAAGAGUUUGCAGGGACGGAGGUUCAGGGAUUAGUCUCUUACCCUUCAAAAUAAAAGCCUUAUUUUAAAACUGGUCACUAACAGUAAAGAGCCUACUCAGUGAUGCUCGGAGGCUCAAGUGUGUCCAUCAGAGACACUGUUAAAGUUAUAAUAAUAAUGAAACAUUCAGUUGUCACACGUCUCACAGAAUACAAGAAAUCAAACUAGUUUAAUGAAUAAGUUAAAUCAGAAACAGACUCCUGUCCCAUGACGGAGAGUUGGAGGAGUGAAUGUGUAGGGUGGGGUUGUAGGGUGGGGUUGUAAAUUAGCCUGAUAUGGUUGGACUUCUUGAAAAAGGGAACGUUAGCAUCACACACAGGCGCUGACGUUCUGUGAUGCGACUCGUUUACUUUCACUAACAUUAAACCCCGACUAAACAUUAGCAUUACCAAUAGCAAAGUAAAAUCAGUGACCCCCACAGAACAGAGUGAUCGUAUUCGUCCCUCUCGUCAGAAUCGUGAUCCAGUAAAAUGUCUUCCUGACAACACGGCAGUGACUUUAUCGGCGAGACGAGCGUCCACAGCGUCUCCGAGCAGGAAGCUGGAAAGUUUCCAGGGAAACUCGUUUCUCAAUAAGUCAAAGAAAAGAUUUGUGACGAAGCACAAACCUGAAGCGUGCAGUGAAGCCCCUGUGGUUGUUAUCAAGACUCCGCCCACUGCCACUCGAGAUCUUCACUGACUGUAAAUUACCUGGAUGAGUGUGUUGCUAUAGUGAUGCUCAGCAUGUUGGUUUGUUUGUGUGCUGCUCUGUGAUUGGUCGAGGCUGCGCGUCCAAGUGAAUGUUUGUAUUUAUGAAAAAUGGACCAGCUUGAGAUUAAAUAUAUAUCUAAAUAAUGAUAUUCAUAAUUUAAAGACACAUUCUAUGAUUUUAAAGUUCCAUAUCUUUGUUCCGAAUAUAUCUUAAAUAGGCAUUUUAACCCAUAAAUACAAGUUAGUGUCAUCUGCAUAGAAGUUUGUCGGAUGACAAAUUUCUAUGUUUCAAAUCAAAUCAUAAGAUUGAAAAAUAUUGACUUGUGAAUCUGCAAAUACAAAAACUUUGAUGAAGUUUUAAAACCAUGUUUAUUAAAGAAGACCUGAAGUUGUAAUUUGUUCGAAAUGUUUUGAGCACAAAGUCAAACCUUUCAGAACAAAAUUCAUAUGUUUGGAUGUAAUAGUGACCUGAAACCAAACGAGUGUGUCUGUAAAUAUGAGGCUGAUGAUUGUGUCUGUGUUGUUACUGUGUUUGUGUUGUUGCAUGUCGACGGCUCGAUAUCCUCAUCACCUCUUUUUUUUUAUUCAUGAAGACUCAAAAGAAGCUGAAUGUAAAACGCAUGUUUCUGUUAAUGUUGUGACGGGAAAUGUUAAAAAGAAAAAUCUGCUGCUUUGAAAAAUGAACGGAGGACGGAUGCUGCAUGCUCGUGGUCGUCUGAUGAACAAUAAAAAAUUCCUACUUCUUCGACAUGACAUCCUUCAAAAGUAAUUCAGUUUUCAGAAUAAUGUUCAGCAGAAUAUUGUAUCAUGUUUAUUCAAAUACUUAUGUUCAAAUGAAACUUUAUUGUUCUUAAACAAGCUCCUGUUUAAAACUACAAAAUGAAUUUUUGACAUUUUCUUUUAUAAAUUGUUUCUUUGGUUCAAAUCAAUUCACGACUUUAAAAACGUUUUUCUUUUGUUAUUGUGUUUGAACUUUUGACUGAAAGUGGACUGAUUUUUAUUGUUGUUAUCAUGUCGCAAAAUGUGGAGGACUUCAUAUUUUUAUCCAAUCAAAUUGUAUUUGUAUAGUAUCAAAUCAUAACAUAUUCCUCACGUUGUACUACCAGGCUUCCAUAGUUUAUUAUUGGCUGUUAAAUGAAAAACCUCUUCGUUUCACACAGCCUCAGAUUCUCUUCUUCCUCCACGGGAGCAUCUGGGUUAACCGACCAAUGAGAGCUGAGAUGAAAGACCUGCGAGCUGCUCCUUCACAUACUGAGCUCAACUGACUGAGUCUUGAUCUGCAGGCAGCUGAGGGGUGGAGUCAAAGAAACGCCCACAUCAGCACUCUUUCUACAUCUCGUAGCUCCGAGAGGAGAGCGACCAAUCAGAUGAAUCCAAAGUUUAGG